AUGUAUCAGCUACAACAGACAGCAGCACUUCAGAAAAUCCCACCUCACCUUCAACUGACAUCACAACAUCAACAGAUACUUCAGCUACAACAGAUCCUGUGUCAACUACAUCUGAUGCCUCAACUACAGCAGAUACUGCCACAACAACAGAUGUAUCAGCUACAACAGACAGCAGCACUUCAGAAAAUCCCACCUCACCUACAACUGACAUCACAACAUCAACAGAUACUUCAGCUACAACAGAUCCUGUCUCAACUACAUCUGAUCCCUCAACUACAGCAGAUACUGCCACAACAACAGAUGUAUCAGCUACAACAGACAGCAGCACUUCAGAAAAUCCCACCUCACCUGCAACUGACGUCACAACAUCAACAGAUACUUCAGCCACAACAGAUCCUGUCUCAACUACAUCUGAUCCCUCAACUACAGCAGUACGGAACAAACUGUACGAGUUCGGACUGUAUCUGCGCGUGGAUAGCUCAAGCUCCGCCCACUAGGUCCAGCGAGGGGGAGCUGGAGCUUUGCUCCACCCCUUGGCUCUGCAGCGAGUGA